GCAUUUACAGUGUUUACAUGCCAGGGAAGGGUGUAACAUACAAACCUUGUAGCAAACAUGACACUUCAUAGUCAUCUUCCAUCUUGACAAGCAACUUGGGCAUGUUGACGUUUGUGUAAUCGGCGAAACAAAUGACGUUCCUCCCUCCAGUUUUGGUAUGACCUGAGCUGCAUGCAAAGCAGAGAGGCUAAACAGGUACCACACCUCUCUACUCUCACUUGUCUCAUAUGUCUGAUAAGAAGAACGUUGGACUUUGGCCUACUUUCGGCACAAUUUCACGAGAUACAUGAAAGAACAUUUUAUUUAUGCCUGCUCGGAUAUGAAUCAGAAGGAAAAACUUGACUCUUCCUGUCUCUCCUUUGUUCUUAAAUAAUCCCCUGGAUUGAUUUUUGGGAUUUGAAUAUUGGGUGAGAGCCACUGAAGAAACAUGGACACAUUCACGCUUGCGGCUAUCCUGCUUUUCUUCACAGGGAGUGUAAGUGCUCAAGUGCUGGUACCUCUUAACACAACAGUGCUUCUUAACUCUAAUGCCAGGUUUAACUGCAGCGUUUCAACAUCCGGAUGGGUUGCCAUGACCUGGACAGUGAACGGACGCUUAGCCCUCAUUGUUUCAGAACAAUCAGGCCCGCUCGUUAGUGACGCCAAUUACACUGCCACAAACUACACCACAGUAGGACAAUACAAAUGGGAGUUUUUGAUGAAGAACGUCACAACAGCCAGUGCUGGAAUAGUGGGAUGUCAGAUCCAGAACAACCUGCCUGUCAAUGCUGUACUGACUGUCCAGCAGAGUGGCACAGUGGUGAUUACAGGGUCAAACCGCACAGCUACACAAGGAGAUCAGGUCACGUUCCAGUGUAUGGCAAGCAACUGGUCACCUGCGGCACAGAUCUCCUGGGCGGUCAAUGGCACACUGGUUGAUAAAGGGCAGUAUAACACAAGCUCAGUGGCAAACGGGGCUCUCAUGAACUCCAGCAGCAACCUCACAAUCACCGCCACAACAAAUGUUUCUGUGGACUGUCUGGCCUCCAUUUCUACUCUCCCAUCUCCUGCAAUCAGCACUGUUUUCCUCACCGUCCAGAAGGCCGUGCCACCGACGCCCAGGGACCAGACCGUGUUGAUAGCAAUCACCGUGGCCUUCAGCCUGGCUGCACUUUUAGCACUCCUCAUCAUUCUCAUCGUCUUCUGCUGUAAGAGACAGAGGAAAAAGAGAUCAAGGUAUCAGGAAGAAGUGAGAGCACGCUCUCUGUCUCAAAGACAGCAAGCCACUUACGCCAGGAGAGGACGGGGACAAGAGAACUUAGGAUAUGUUGAAGAAGCUCCCAGUGUUGAUAACCGUGAUGGAGUGUACACCAUCGGUGGCUUUCAGCGAGACAAUAUUCAGGUUCAUGCAGUGAACUCGACCCGAUACGGUGACGAUCUUUCUUACGGCGACGGUUAUUCCUUCAACGGGCUCCAAAAACACAGACACUUGACUAUCGUCUAAACAGACACAAGAGUGUAGAUGCACAGAAAUCUUAACUUAUUGUGAAAGAGAUAUUUGUGUGUUCAUUGGUGUACUGAAUGCAAAAAAAAACUGACUGUAUUUGAAACUUUUAAUACGAAGUGUUUAUUUUUGUCAGAAAAUGUUUCGUAACACUGCAUUGUGUAUAAAAAUGCGCUGUGAGACGCAAACAAGCUCGAACAACCUGUUUACAUGUACAGAUCUCAUCCACUGCACUUUGAGGUGGCAACUCUUUUGAAUAAUUCGUGCUUUCUUGAAUGGAAACACGGACACGUGGUACAUUUGAGGAGCAGAAGCCAAAGCUGGGGUCAGUGUUCUUAUCAGGCAUUGGAAGAAUGCUCUGAAAGUGGAACGUGGCGUCUCUGGAAAUCAUGUUGGAGAAUGGAUACAGUGGCACAGGAGCGAGCGAGGAAGCAGGGAGUCGGUUUACAAAAUGAACAAUUAUGUGAUCGGGUAAUGAAGGAAAGUGGCAAAUUAAAUGUAUAGGAAUGCACUUAGUUAGACAUAGACCAGCUGGGAAAGAUGUAAAAUGGUGGUCUUGGUCUAGGCGGAGGACAUCGCCAAGGAAUCUUAUCUCAUUCUCUCGGGGUCAGCGGCGUUAAUCUGUUUUAGUAUUUUUUUUUAACUCCUGGACAAUGCCAUCCUUCACCAGCAAUUGUGUUUCACUCUGUAAUAUGGUUUUAAUCCGUAAACAAGUCGCUGUCUCUGAAAACAGCCCAGAUUCUUUGUUAUACAGUAAAAAUGUUGCAUGGUGUCCUAACUCCAUCUGACGAGUACAUUUAUUUUAAUCUGUAUGCUAGCUGCUAGUCACUUACUUGAAUAAUCUACAAGAAGGAUGUUCUCUCAGUUCUCUAAACACCUCCUAACUUUUAGGACUAAACUUACUACCAAACUCUAGUGUUUAAAAUCUAUCAUUCGUCAUUCGUUAUUUCUUUCCCAAUAAAACCAUCAGGGAUACAGUUUUUUUAAAAGCUUUCUUCAUAAAUUGUUGUGGAUAUUUUUUGCUACUUCCAAUAAAAUGAAUCUGAAAAACCUCA